AUGAUUAGCCCGCCUAUUAUGAUAAUUAGCCUGCACAGGCCAUUGGCCGAGGGAUAAUAGUUGAUAAUGGUAGUUUCAAUAUUGGCGGACCUAAGUAACUCUAAGUAACCCCAAAUAACCCUGUAUUAGGUCAUUCCAAAUUUUCUGAAGAUAGAAGAAUUAGAAAUGAUAAAGCUGAAAGAAGUAUGGUUAUGGUUAGAUUAUUUCAAAACUAUCAUCGAAUCUAUUUUCAAAACCAAUCAAUUCUCAAAAAAGUGAAGAUAUAUUCUAUUUUCUCUCGAUGUUUACAAUUUUCAAAAACUGGUAAUGCUUUGCCUCUAGUAACAUAUUAUUCAAAUGAAACUACUGAGUUGGGAAAAUCAAUUGAAUUUGAUAUAAAAUCAAACAAAGCAGCAAAAAUCUUGGAGAGAUUGAAAAAUUCUAACAACAAUACCUUAUCAGGUUUGCCAAAACGAUUAUGGGGAGAUGUGUUUUAUAAUUUAAACCAAAAUAAAGAAUUUCAAAUGCUAGAUGAGGUAAGAGCUUUUACAAAGAAAUUGGAUAUAAAUUGUGGAGAAGGUGCUUUGACAACAUUGAUAAGAUCGUAUGUUGCAAGAAAUCAACCAUUAGAUGCUGUUCAUGUGCUUGAUGAAAUAAAAGAAACUGGAUUGUUAAAACACACAAGAACAUAUUUUCCAGUAAUAACAAGCCUGGCUAAAGAUGGUUUUCAGAAUAAAGCAUUUGAACUAUUUGAGGAGAUGCAACAUCAUACAUUUAAAUCAAAUAAGGGUGUCACCCUGUCAAUACCCUCAGAUAUGGUUGUUGCUCUAAUUAUGUCAUGUAUUCAAAGAAAAUAUAACAAAACUCAAGAUAUUUUGCACUGGUAUAACUAUAGUGGAAGACCAUUGACAAUGGAAAUAAUGAAUGCAAUAAAAGUGUGGUUAUGCAAUGAUCCUGUUAAUAACUGGGCCUUGGAAAAAUGUCAAAUUUCAAAAGAAAAAGGACUUUGUAACAACUGUGGAGAAUGUUUAAAUUCAGGUCAGCUGAUGUCUAAUGAAAUAAAUAUGUUGAAAUUAGAUAUUUUGCGCAAAAUAGAAAAUAUAUUCAGCUCAGAAACAAAAAUUCGCCGGAAGGAAAGGUUUAGUAACUAUGUCACUUUUUUGAAGCAUUGUACUCCAUGUGAUAUAAUUAUUGAUGGAAUGAGUAUUGGAUUGUCAUCAAAUGUUGACAAACUAAAGAAAAGAUUUAAUCACAAUGCAUUGUCAAAAGUUUCAGAUCAUUUCGUUCAAAGUGGCAAAAAUGUAUUAGUUGUACUUAACACAUCAAUACCACCAUCAUUUCUCUCAAAGGAUGUUCAGUACUUCAUCAGUGAUGUUUAUGAUGAUGACCUGUACAUAAUGUAUGGUUGUGCAACUUGGAAUAUGGCACCAUUUCUUGUGACUCGGGACAAGUUUCGUGAGCACAGAUUUUUCCUGGCGAAGCCUAAUCAUGCCUCAUAUCUUAAAUGGGCCCGCACACAAACUAUAACAUUUGGUUAUGAUAAAGACACACUAGUAUUUCAUGGAAAGACAUAUGAUCCUGUUGUACAAAAGGGGAAUUCAACUUGGCAUUUUCCAUUAGUUGAUGGAAGCUGGUUCUGCGCUAGAAAGAUAUAACUGAUACAUUUGUCAUUUGUACACUUUUUGGGGCUGCAUAAUAAGUCUCAGCUGACUUGUUAGCUGUGCUAACUAAAGGAUCAAUGAAUGGCGUGAAAGGAGUAGGAUUUACAUAAAACGUAAGACUAAUAAAAAAUGAGCCACAGAAAAAUAGAUAGGAUGUAACAUAACAAUUAAAGAAUUCUAUCUAUCUUAUCUUCGUUGUA